AUGGCGGAUGCGGAGGCUCCGACGGCGAAGCGGCUGGCCCGCGCGGGCAGCUUCUCGGGCGUGUGGUGGAAGCUCGGCGACCCCGCGGGGGACCCGGCCGCGGUGGAGCGCCGGCUGCGGGCCGUAGCCGACGAGGAGGCCGCCGUCCGUGCCCGCAUUAGCAGGCGCCACGCGGGCGCCCGCGGCGUCCGGCGCGGCAUCGCCCUAGCCUCCCUCGCCAUCGAGGCGGUGGCGUUGGUGCAUGCUUACUGGACGGCGAGGCGGCGGAGCGUGGCCGGGUGGAGCAGGAAGCUGCUGCUCCUGUUUGCGCCUCCUCUGCUCGCCGUGCCCGCCUCGGCCGCCGUCGUCUUGGCCGCGUUCGCCAGGCUGCACAAAAUGUUCGAGGCGCGGGACGAGCAGCGGCUGAGGGCGCUGGUGGCGGAGCGCAAGGCCAAGAUCGGGCAGUUCAGAGGCAGCCACCACAACAUGCACAAGCUCAUCGAGGUCUCCACUAAGUACGAUCCAGAUGCUGCUGCUGCUGCUACUUCCGACCAGCCGGUCACUGCCGCCGCCGCCGGGAGGAUCAAGCGGAGCCACUCGCGGCUGAGCUUCCACAUCGGAGACGACUGA